AGACUGCGCAGGCGCCCGCAGGAUCCGGAAGGCGCAGCUGGGCAUUUGAAGCGAGACGAGUUUGGGAGGGUACUUGGCCCCAGGGUCUUGGCACUGGCAGCCGCCAUCACCCCUAGGCUUCGGAGACGGUCGGGUCGGCGGUGCUCCCACCACUUUGCAGACUUCUGUGAAUAUUAAAUUACCACUUCAUAUGAUGUCAAGAAACUUGGAAGCAUCUGUUUGUCAAAUGACAGAGCCUAAUUUUGAAAAAGAUGAAGUCAAGCUUCCAUCACACGAUUCUUUAAGAACUCCUGGAGGACAUCAUAACCAUCCUAAUUUCAGAUUGAAAAGUCCAGAGAAUGGAAAUGGAAACAAUUUUUUGCUUUGUGAGCAAACCAGACAGUAUUUAUCUAGACAGGAAGACAAUUCAGUAUCUUCAGAUGCUGGUGGCAUCAAUGGAGAAGUGGUCGGAUCCAAAGGAAACAGAAAGACAGGGAACUCGGUGUCACCAUUAAGUGUUGAAAAUAAUUCAUCACCUAGAGAAAUAAAACCUAAGCCUACCAAUAAUGUGCCUCCUGUGAAGUCCAAAAAAUCACACCACUUUGUUAAGAAUUCCUUGUCCAUAAAUAAUCCAGCGCUUUUCAACUCUUUACGACUUCCUUUUCGGUCAACAACUUGCCAUCGCUGUGGCCUGUUUGGGUCACUGAGGUGCUCUCAGUGCAAGCAGACGUACUACUGCUCCACUGCAUGUCAGAGGAGGGACUGGUCCACCCACAGCAUUGUGUGUAAACCUGUCCAGCAAAAUUUUCACAAAUUUGAGGAGAAUAAAUCACCUUUUGAAAUGAAUGUGGAAGUGAAAAAUGAGAGCAACUGUCCACCUGGAGUUACUAAAGAAAUAGCCAUCGCUGCUGAGAAAAUAAUGUUUUCUGAUUUGAAAGGUUUACAUCUCAAGAAAACCAUGGAAAUAAAGGGUACAGUUACUGAAUUCAAACACCCAGGUGACUUUUAUGUCCAGUUGUAUUCUUCAGAAGCUUUAAAACACAUGAACCAACUCUCUGCAAGCUUAAAAGAAACAUAUGCAAAUAUGGUGCAUGAAGAAGAUUAUAUUCCUAUCAAGGGGGAAGUUUGUGUUGCCAAGUAUACUGUUGAUCAGACCUGGAACAGAGUAAUGAUACAAGAUGUUGAUGAGCUACAGAAGACAGCGCAAGUCUUGUAUAUUGAUUAUGGAAAUAAAGAAAUAAUUCCAGUAAACAGAAUUCACCAGCUAAACAGAAACAUUGAAUUGUUUCCUCCUUCUGCCAUAAAGUGCUUUGUGGCCGGUGUUACCCCAGCAGAGGGUACUUGGAGUGAUGAUUGUAUCAAAACUAUUAAAUCACUGUUGAUGGAGCAGUACUGCUCUAUAAAGAUUGUCGACAUCUUAAAAGAGGAACUGGUUGCCUAUGCUGUAGAUGUUAUGCUGCAAAGUUCAGGAGAAUUCUUAGACCAUAUGCUUGUAGAAAUGGGAUAUGGUUUGAAAGCCAAAGGACAAAAUUCUAAGAAGCAAUGUACAGGUCAAAGUGAUCCUGCAGAUGUUGGAAUGAUGACCGCUGAAAACAAAAUUGCUGUAGACAGAAGUGACCUAAUCCCCAAAGUAUUAACUUUGAACGUAGGCGAUGAGUUUUGUGGUGUGGUUGCCCACAUUCAGACACCAGAAGACUUCUUUUGCCAACAACUACAAAGUGGCCGUAAGCUCGCUGAACUUCAGACUUCCCUUAGUGAGUACUGUGGUCAAGUGUGUCCACGGUCUGACUUUUACCCAACCAUUGGGGAUAUAUGUUGUGCUCAGUUCUCAGAGGAUGACCAGUGGUACCGUGCCUCUGUUUUGGCCUAUGCUUCUGAAGAGUCUGUACUGGUUGGAUAUGUUGAUUAUGGAAACUUUGAGAUCCUGAGUUUGACAAGACUUUGUCCUAUAAUUCCAAAGUUGUUGGAAUUGCCAAUGCAAGCUCUAAAGUGUAUGCUGGCAGGAGUAAAGCCAUCAUUAGGAAUUUGGACUCCAGAGGCUAUUUGUCUCAUGAAAAAAAUUGUGCAGAACAAAAUGGUCAUGGUGAAAGUGGUGGACAAGUUGGACAGCAGUUACCUGGUGGAACUUAGAGACAAAUCUGUGACACCUGUCAUCAGUGUUGCUAAAGUUCUCAUAGAUGCAGGCUUUGCUGUGGAUGAAAAGGAGACAGUCACAGAUAAACCUAGUGUUCCCCUGAGUGCAGAAGGAAAAGUAAAUCCAGUGGAGUGGACAUGGGUUGAACUUGCAGUUGACCAAACAGUAGAUGUUGUAGUCUGCACGAUGUAUAAUCCUGGAGAAUUUUAUUGCCAUAUCCUUAAAGAGCAUGCCUUGGAGAAGCUCAGUGAUUUGAAUAAAUCGUUAGCAGAAUAUUGCCGACAGAAGUUACACAAUGGGUUUAAGGCAGAAAUAGGGCAGCCUUGUUGUGCUUUUUUUGCGGAUAUACAGCCUAAAAACAAAUAUUGGACUAAAGAAGCCAUAGCAAGAUUUCAGAUGUGUAUUUCGGGGGUAAAACUCCAAGCCAGAGUGGUUGAAAUCACUGAAAGGGGAGUAGGAGUUGAACUCACUGACCUUUCCACUUCAUAUCCCAGGAUAAUUAGUGAUGUUCUGAUUAGUGAAAAGCUUGUUUUAAAAGCUGGUUCACCAUAUAAGGAUUUGCCAGAUAACAGACCAGUUAAUAAACACAAUCAUGAAACCUUCACCCAGGGGCUUCAAGCCUUCUCUUCAGCAGAGCAGUGGAAGACGAUAGAACUGCCAGCUAAUAAAACUGUGCAAGCGAGCAUAUUAGAAAUCAUAAACCCAAACUUGUUUUAUGCUAUCCCAAAUGACAUGCCAGAAAAUCAGGAAAAAUUGUCUAUAUUGACAGCUGAACUGUUAGAAUAUUGCAGUGCUCAGAAAAGUCAACCAUCUUGUAAACCAAGAAUUGGGGAUGCAUGCUGUGCCAAAUACACAGGUGAUGAUUUCUGGUACCGUGCAGUUGUUCUGGAGACAUCAGGUUCUGAUGUGAAAGUUCUCUAUGCAGACUACGGAAACAUUGAAACCCUACCUCUUUCCAGAGUGCAACCAAUUACUGCAAGCCACCUGGAACUCCCUUUCCAAAUUAUUAAAUGUUCAUUUGAAGGACUGGUGGAACUGAAUGGAAGCUGUUCUCAGUUAAUAAUAGAGCUACUAAAAAAUUUCAUGUUAAAUCAAAAUGUAAUGCUUUCUGUCAAAGAAAUUAUUAAGAACAUUCACACAGUGUCAGUUGAGAAAUGUUCUGAGCAUGGUACUGUCAGUGUACCUGAUAAGCUGGUGAAGUAUAAUCGGGCACAGAGCAUCACAUCUAAAAAUCAAAAUGCUUUACAUAAAGAAAAGAUGCAUAGGAUGAAUUGCUGCUGCACAGAGUUACAGGAGCAAGUUGAAAAACAUGAACAGAUUCUGUUCUUCCUCUUGAACAAUCCAACCAAUCAGAAUAAAUUGAUUGAAAUGAAAAAACUGCUAAAAAGUUAAGUAAGUCAAGUUUGGUGUUUUGGCCACUUGUCAGUGGGAUGUCUCCAGUCGUGCUGUGAGGAUAGAGCCGAUGGAGUGGCACCUGCUUUAAGGCUGUGUUUGAUUUUGUGAUGUCAUGAUCUGAGUUUGGCUCUGACGUUAACGCUGCGGUCCAGGCUUUGACCUGAUAGUUCGCUUGUGAUACCCUUAAUGAAUUUGAGCCUAAGGUUGUUGAGGUUGCCAGGGCCUUUCCUUAUUGUUUGAUUUUACAAAUGCUGAAUGUUGUUUAUAUGGACUUGUAAAGAUUUUGGGGGGAGGUGAAACUUAGCCUCAGACUCCUUGCAUCCAGAUUUAAAAUCAUCUCAGAUCUCACUUAUUUGCAUCACUGCAAAUAAGUUUUUUACUUUUUGUGAAGAGAACCUAAGGGCAUGGCAUGGAAAACAGUGCACUGACAGUAGAUUUCAUUUCCAGGUGAAACAUUACCCCUCUUUAGGCUGUGGUGAUGCCAGUGUUUAAAGGACAUGUUUGGUGACUCUAAACCGAUAGUUACCCUGCUUUUUCAAUGUCCUGGUAUCCUCUCUCCGAAGAUGGCCCUCAGAAAUUACUCUGUGAAAAUAUCCAAUUAGAAUUUCUGAUAAAAAUGGAAGUUAACUCCCUUACAAUUUUGAGUUUGAUAUACUUUCAGCCAAAACGCAGGAGCUUUGCUUUAUUUCAGAUGUGUGUUUUUGUUGGCCCAAGUAUAGUUUAUAUUAGAUAGUUGGGAGGUAGCUCAAGAGGCCAGGUUGUUGUUUAUUGUACUCUUAUUGGCAAGGUAAAUCUCAAAUAGGAAACAAUCGCAAUUGAACACAUUUUCUACACAAUACUCUAUUACAUUUGCUUUUAAGAAAGUAUAAUUCAAUUCUAAGCAAAAUGUUAUUAAUACAGGAUCGAGUUUUCUCAAGAUGUAUUUUUCUCACAAAUUUGUGUUAUUUCUUUUUCUUUUGGUACUGGGGAUUAAACUCGGAACCUUACGCUUACAGGGCAGGUGACAGCACCACUGAGCUAAAUCCCUGGCCAAAUAUGUUAUUUCUAAUAAGUUCUGAUUUAACAGUUGCAAUUACAACUUUCCAUCAUUUCUAACACACAGUUUUAGUGCUGACUGCUGUCUUGUGGGCUUGAGUUUAAAA